ACUUUUGCGCGUGUACUUCACAUUUUAAGGUAAAAGCCUUCCAAUCGUGUUCUGUACGUGGCAGCGCUUCACAAAACGUCCCUCUGUUCUAUUCAUACCCCCUGGGUACCAAGUGGAUUUCAGUCCACGCACAGAAGCGUGACAGUCGUGUUUUAAAGCAGCUGGAGCACAGGGUAUACCCCACCUCGUGCACAGUGAACACUGGAGUUAGGCACCAGCUCCCCACGACUCAGAAAGGAUAAGAGGUUACAGAGCAGGCAGAAUGGAGAAGUUCCUGUUUCCUAUYUCCUGGGUUUUGCUCUGCUGCUGCUGGACGACACAUGCAGAAGUUUUUACAUCCAUCGGACAAAUGACUGACCUGCUCUACACAGAAAAGGAGCUGGUUCAGUCCUUGAGAGAGUACAUCAAAGCUGAGGAGUCCAAACUUGCUACUGUCAAAAGUUGGGCCAGUAAACUUGACGCCCUGACCCGAGCUUCCACUUCUGACCCCGAGGGCUAUCUGGCCCACCCUGUGAAUGCCUACAAACUGAUGAAGAGACUCAACACAGAGUGGUCUGAACUGGAGAGCCUGGUGCUUCAGAAUCCAUCUGAUGGGUUCAUUGCCAACAUGUCUGUACACAGACAGUACUUCCCAGAUGAGGAGGAUCAAACGGGUGCAGCCAGGGCACUGAUGCGUCUCCAAGACACAUACCACCUGGAUUCAGAAGCAUUCUCCAAAGGAAAGCUGCCAGGUGUGCACUCUAACACCGUACUAACGGUGGACGACUGCUUUGACAUGGGAAAGACGGCGUACAAUGAUGCAGAUUAUUACCACGCUGUGCUGUGGUUCCAACAAUCUCUGAAGCAGCUCGACGAUGGAGAAGAAGCUGUGGUCUCCAARGCAGAUAUUUUGGACUACCUUAGCUACUCUGUUUAUCAAAUGGGUGACUUACCUCGAGCUGUCGAGCUGACACGGCGACUUGUAGCCAUCGACCCGGCUCACGACAGGGCAGGAGGAAACCUCCGUUACUUUGAGCGGCUGCUGUCCAAACAGCUCAACGAAAUGGAGCAGGCUGACCAACCUGCCACUGAGGAACCCAUCCAGCUAGGGACCUACAGCCGACCCAAAGACCACCUUCCAGAGAGGGAGGCCUAUGAGAGUCUUUGCAGAGGAGAGGGGAUACAAAUGACUGAAGCCAGGCGAAGCCGUCUGUUCUGUCGCUACCAAGAUGGUGACAGGAAUCCCCGUCUCCUGCUGAAGCCCAUGAAGGAGGCGGAUGAGUGGGACAGCCCACACAUCGUACGCUACCUGGAAAUGUUGUCAGAUGAGGAGAUUGAGAAGAUUAAAGAGCUGGCAAAACCCAGGCUUGCCAGAGCUACUGUCCGUGACCCCAAAACAGGAGUUUUGACUACAGCCAACUACAGAGUAUCAAAAAGUGCCUGGUUGGAGGGAGAAGAGGAUGUUAUCAUUGAAAGAGUUAAUCAGAGAAUAGAAGACAUCACUGGCCUUACAGUAGAAACUGCAGAGUUACUGCAGGUUGCAAACUAUGGAGUUGGAGGACAGUAUGAGCCACACUUUGAUUUCUCGAGGCGUCCUUUUGACAGCAACCUCAAGAAAGAUGAGCCUGAUGCUUUCAAAAGGUUAGGCACUGGAAAUCGCUUGGCAACUUUUUUAAACUACAUGAGUGAUGUUGAAGCAGGGGGUGCCACAGUCUUCCCUGACUUUGGAGCAGCAAUUUAUCCCAAAAAGGGGACAGCAGUGUUCUGGUAUAAUCUCUUCAAGAGUGGGGAGGGAGACUACAGGACGAGACAUGCAGCUUGUCCUGUUCUUGUAGGAAGUAAAUGGGUGUCAAACAAGUGGAUCCAUGAACGAGGACAAGAGUUCAGGAGACCAUGUGGCCUCACAGAAGUGGACUGAAGUUUGCCCUCACUUAUGAACUACUACUACUACUACUACUACUACUACUACACACGCACACUUACACACACUAUAGUGCCUUGAUUCCAGCCAUGAUGCAAAUCAGAGACAAAUUGUUCAAGACUGAACUUGUUAAUUUGAAUAUCAGAUCAUCCUUUUUUCAGCCGUGUUUCAUUACAAAGUCAGUUUAAUGAGGAACAAAUGUUACAAAUAUCUAAUAAUUACAUAGCAUUAAAAAGAAUACAGCUUCUAACAGGUCAUGCUUGUUUUUCCAAAAUCUUUCCGUGUCCUAAUUUGCAUUUUUUUAAAAGCUUUAAUCUGUGACUAUUUUUAUUCUGUUUUUAAAGCACUGCAAAAAAUAAAAAUUAAGAAAAUCACUGACUUUCUAGUGGACCUUAUUCUGUACAUUUUCAAAUGGAUUAACAGAGAUAAAGACAACCAGCAUCAUUUGUUAUAAAAUACAGUUAAUGUGCUAUUUAACAUGGUGUUUCUAAAAGCGCAGUAUUUAUUUAAAUUUGACUGUAUUUUAUUAAAACAAUAAAAUGUAACAUGUAUUUUUUUGAUUAACUGUUAGAAACCAAGUGUAAAAAGUUUACUAAAACUGUUUCUACAAUUUAAAAACUUUAUUUUUAUGCCAUCUUAAUAUUUUUUUGCACCGUAAAUGCUUUAAUUCCCCUGUGAACACGGCAACAUGUUUAUUUUCCCUGUUUCAAUUGUGCAUUGUUUUCAUCUUUAUUGUAUUUAAAUUGUUACACUAUUCUCAUUCCUUAAGAAGACAAUGGAAAGGCAAUAAACUACAUAUUUUGUUUAAAUG